AUGGCUUCCCCGUUGACACUCGAUCCGCGUCCGAGCUUUGAACCGAAAAUCGUAUCGCUUUACAAAGGCUUAUUUAAGGAGGACGAUGAGGAAUACGAUGAAGUGAAGUCUGAGGGUUUCUGGACAGAGUUCUUCUUGCUCAAGUGCCAUGCCCCAGGCCUGAGGUCCAUACUCGAACCUUUGUCACCAGAUGACCUGCUUCAUCUGCAGCCGCAAACAAGACAGCUGUUUUGUCGCGCCGUCAAUUGUGUCAAAGCUGGCGCCAGUCCUUCGGAUGAGAUUGCACUGGAUACGUUAAACGUAUUCCUGCGAGAAGUGCUCUCAAAGAAAUACACAAAUCUCAGCUCAGAUAUCAUCUCUUUGCUGACCGGGCUGGAUAAUGUUGAUUCAAUAUUUACCGAUUUUGUUGCUUCGCUGGAUACGUGUAUCAGGAGCGGACGUAGUGUCGAAGCGCGACGGAAAGCCAUACAAGUAGCUGUGUGCAUAGCCUGCGGGGCCUUCCAAACUGGAUUAUUAUCGUAUUUUACACAUCGGGAUCUGUUUCCGGCCCUUAUGAAGUAUAUAAACGACCCGGAAACAGUUGGACUUUGUUAUGAGCCGUUUGUCUUGCUUGGAGUCCUGGCUAAUUACAACAAAUUCGAAUUCCAGAACCCAUAUCAGCUGCGGUUCGACGAUUUUGUUAAUGAGCCUACAAUAAAGAGGAUUGUGGCAGAAAUAGGAAGCACUUGUGUCCGAACAAGAGCAGACUAUAUCUCCAUUCAUGACGAUCUACCAGAAGGGUGGUCAUUCAAUAACGUACUUACAUUUGUUGGUCUCACGAUCUUAUCCGGAGCCGGCCCAAGAAGUCGAUCAACAUCACCUGCGCCGGCAACAAACCCUGAUGCACAUAAAUUAUCAUUCAACACGCUACCAGGGCCUAGGGCUGCACUUUUGCUGGCGACAUAUGACUUUGUCAAUGCAAACAAGUUGUUUGCUUCUAACUUCGUAAAUUAUCAGGAAUCUGAUCCUAAAUACGAUCUUGUAAACCUUAUUGCCCUGGCUCUUUCAGUAGGUGAUGCAUUUCUUCCGGGGGCUGCCGAGUAUGAUGACUUGUUCUACAAGCUUGUCGAGGCUGGCGAUGUCCUUGUCAAGUUUCGAGAUGCCUAUGGCCUUGAAAACCGUACCUCUAACUCCAUAUCCACGCUCAUCUCGGUAUCUGAGCAUUACUAUCAGUUGAUCUCCGAGAACCAGACAAAGACAAAGUCAAAGAACCUUUCCCCUCAGCAGGUUAGUGAGGUUAUCAAAUCUGGGUAUGAGACGCUUGCGAUCACGAGCAAGGAUGGACUGGAUAGUUGGGAGCGGUAUCGGGAGGCGGAUGAGCGCGCAUUCCUGAAGAAAGCGGCCCGGGUGGCCGUGGGUGAUGUUAGAGAACUCAUGGGGACUGAGUUGGAGGCUUUUGUUUAA